AUGUUAAGAAGUGGUUUGGCAACGUCUGAAGAUGAGGGAGUUGCUCUAACACACUUAAGAGCUGGUGAGGCUUCUAUCUCCGUAAGAAAACUUCAUGUAAAGCACAGAGGUGUCUCAUUGGGAAGAGGAUUAUUUAGUCUAUGUUGUCGACCGUUAGAAGAAGAAUUUCAAAUAUUUGAUUUUCCUCAGAACCGAUUUGCAGGAUCUCAUGAAGUUGAAAUAGGUGAACUUUCCGAUCUGAAAAAGCAUUUAAGUGAAGGUGAUAAUCAAACCACAUUCGUUGAAAUAACACGUUUUGAUGAAACACUUGCUGUAGAUAUAUUAAAUUCAUGGCUUACUAGAGAUAAACGUAAGUUAACCAAAAUUCAACGCAACGGUUGGUUAAAGCCACAAAUGUUAAAGUGUGAUACACCACUAUUUCUGUCAUUAAUCUACGAUCAAACAUUAACAUGGCAUUCAUACGACAGAACUAUUUCAAAAGAUUUUCGUUCUAUUGUACGUACUGAAGAUGCAGUACGAUACCUUUUUUGUCAGUUAUCACAACGACAUGGUACUGUGUUAUUUCAAUCUUCAAUGAAAUAUAUUAGAUUAAUCGGUGGUUUAACAGAAAACGAAUUGGAAGAUAUAUUAAGUUUAGAUGAUGAUGUUCUGAAAUCAGUAUUUGUUCAUUAUUUACCAUCUUUACUAAUUUUUCGAUUACCCGGCACACUGUGGAUUCGAAUUAAAAAUGAUAUGAAAAAAUAUUUAGUUGAGAGGGAAAUUGAUGGGUUAACAUGUAUUUAUUUCUAUCAUCGUAGCUUCCAAGAUUAUGAAUUUAAGAAUGAUCGCAUUUUUAGUAACUUAGACAGAUAUCGUCUUGAAUAUUUUUCUGAUAAAUAUCAGCAGCCCACACUUAAAGAGUAUCAGGUUGAUGAUAAACUCAAAGAGAAAUAUCGUUAUUCAUCAAGUCUAGUUCAGACAAAUCGUUGUUUAAGUGUAAUGCAACCUAUAAAAAUGAAAACUAUAAAAUAUAAUUUAAGAAGAAUUAAGCAAUUAUUAAAAGAUCCAUCGAAUGCAUCGGAAUAUACGCUUUGUGAUUAUGAAUUCAUGGUUGCAUAUUUAUAUAUAUGCAUAUAUAUAUAUUUAAUUUAUGAAUUUAAAGUUAAUUCCUUAUUAAAUAAAUGGUCAAGAAUAAGGAAAUUUAAUAAUUUCGACUUAGCAAGUUUUAUAUUAAGUUUGUAUGAGUCAGUUUAUCCGAUACUCGACCAAUAUCCGUCAAACCUUGCAUAUGAAUUAUCUAGUAGACGGGCAUCACUUAUCCAUUAUUCUACUACUCAUCAUCAUUUGCCUAUUCUAAGAACACUUUACGCACAAUGUACAGAAAAUUGUAUUUUGCAAAAUGUAUUAAAUCAUCCGCAGUCACAACCGUUACUUACACAGCAAUUUGAUAUGAUUCAUCACAUAAUUAUCUCUGACAAUUAUUUUUAUAUUUUAACUGAUACUCAAUUAUUAAAAACAUCAAUAGAUCGUUAUACAGCUGAUUCUGGAUGGCAACUUAAUUUAUCAUUAAAAAAUACAUAUAAAUCAUUCGCAUAUAGAAGUGAGCGGCGAUGUUCAUAUAUUUGCUUAUAUUCGUCCUAUAGAAUUUUAAUCUUUCGUAUCAAAAAUGAUCUAUCUUUUGCAUCAGAACAACCGGAAAUUUACUUUGAAAUGAAUAUUAGCAAUAGUGGAAUAAAUGAGUAA